AUGGGUAAAGUUCACGGAUCCCUCGCCCGUGCCGGCAAGGUCAAGUCUCAGACCCCCAAGGUCGAACCCCAAGAGAAGAAGAAGACGCCCAAGGGCCGCGCGAAGAAGAGAAUAACAUACACUCGACGAUUCGUCAACGUCACAAUGACCGGUGGCAAGAGAAAGGUAUGA